AUGGCAACCUCUGAGGAGACUGGGCAGUCGCCAGCAAGACUACCAGAGAAAGUCAUUCCUACCAAGCCGGUGUUGUUCUUUGACGUUGACAACUGCCUUUACCCUCAAGAUAGUGGACUCGAGGAGGAGGCACGAGAAGGGAUUUUCAACUAUGUUAUGAGCCGCACCGGGUUGAAUAAGGAACAGGCCGCGGAACUUUGCGCUAAAUACUCCAAAACAUACGGUUUUCUGCCCGAAGGCCUGGUCCGUCAUCACAGCAUCGACGCGAAACAUUACAACUCCACAAUCGACGAAGGCCUUCCCAUCGAGACCCUCCUUAAGCCCGAUCCCAAGCUUAGAAAACUGCUGCAGGACAUUGACAGGUCCAAGGUUCGGCUGUGGCUGUUUAGCAACGCAGACGAUGUGUACGUGAAGAGGGUCGUGCGCCAUCUGGAAAUUGAUGACUUUUUUGAGGGAUUAACAUACUGUGACUAUGCCCGUGUCCCACUGGUCCACAAGCCAAAGAGAGAAAAGUUCCAGGAAGCGAUGAAAGAAGCAGGCAUCGAAAGUAGCGCGGAUUGCUAUUUUGUCGGUCAGUGGCCUAUUUCGAAGGACAGCACGUGGCCUUCAAGUCCUUCCUACGCCCUUGUUCAGUCCGUUGACAUUUAA